GGUCAACGUUUACAAAGUGACGAAUUCGCUUCGAUAUCAGCCGUGUGGGAGUAAGUUUAUUCAAAAUAGUCAGAGUUGCUACAAACUUGGGUGCAAACAUUGACAAACAACACUUUCCAUCUAAAGCCAGAUGUAGAUUUAUUCAAUGUUUGCCGAAUAAACCCGACAAACUGACUUGGUAUUUCUAUUGUGGAAAGAUAUACGCUCUCGGCGGUUACAACGGCCGCACGAGGAUGAGUUCUGGGGAAAGGUACGAACCGCAAAAGAAUCAAUGGGAAAUGAUACCGCCGAUGCACCAGCAGAGAUCGGACGCGAGCGCGGCAGCCCUGCACGACAAGAUAUACAUCGUCGGCGGUUUCAGCGGCCGCGAGGUUCUAAAUUCCGCGGAGGUGUUCGACGUCGAGUCCAACCAGUGGACCUACAUCCACUCGAUGAUCAAUCCACGGUCCGGCGUGUCUCUGGUCGCGUUUCGGGACAGCCUUUACGCCCUGGGCGGCUUCAACGGCAUCAUCAGGCUCAACUCUGGUAAUUCUCGGUAUCAUCGUUCACCGUUCCGAUCGAUAAUAAAGUCUUUCUCGAUUCUCUCUCUCUCGAUAUAUCUAUACGUAGGCGAAUUUUACAAUUCUUCGAUUUAUAAAAUAAAAGGCCUGCCACAAAGUGAAUGGGCUUGAAUUUCAAGGAAACUUUUGCUGUGAGAACAAUUUUCCAAUGCUUUGAAUUUGAUGAUGUUCGAGGAAUAGCAUUUUCUCAACUGCUGCGCGAUGCCAAAAAAAAAAAAAAAAUAUUUUCGUGCAGAAACGAAUGCAGCGUUGCAAGUUCAUUGCUAUAUGAUGUUACGAAAUUGUAACAGCCGAAAUAUAUUGGUAAUUUAGUGAACAUAAAUUUAGCCUCAACUGUGUAUUCACAAUGGUUGUAGAAUUAUAUUUUCAACUAUUAUUCAUUAUAUUUUAUAAUUAUAUUCUUUAGCUUUAUAAUUAG